AUGUACCGAUUAUCAAUAUACGAUACUCAAUUCUCGGAGGAAGCAGCAGUUCUUAAACACUAUGGACUUGAUAACCUCAAUCCUGAUCACUGGGAAGAAGAAGACAACCGAAAGUCUUUAAGAUAUUCUAUUAGCGACUUUAGCAACAAUAUUACCCCUGGUGAUGAAAGGAGUUGCGAUGAUGCCGAUCCCCUUGGUUUAAAGCAGAAUGUUUUUGGUUACGGCUUAGAUGAACAUGAUAAAGAAAAAUCGCAAAUAAUUGUUGGAAAAAAAACCUUCAAUUCAAAGCUUUUUUUACGCCAAGUACAUAGCGACACUCCUUAUGCGGAUUUAUUGAGAGGAGCAGAUUUUUUAAGAUAUACUUUGGACCAAAAAUCCGAAGCUCUUCGUAAUUUAGUUCAAGAUAAUUUUGAUAGAUUCGUAAGUGCGAAAAACACCAUAGAUACUGUUUAUGGCGAAAUGAAAGCGAAGAGUUUGAAUCCUGAAAGCGGUUAUGGUGUUAAUGUGUUGGAUAAUGCAAUCUCCGAUGCUUGUGAUAGGGCGGAACAAGUUUUUGGACCGGUGUUAGCUAAUAGAAGCAAAGCUGAUAAAAUACGUAGUACUUUGAGUGUAUUAGAAAAGUACAAAUAUUUCUUUAAUUUACCUAGCAGCCUUAUGGAGUCUAUGAAACAGCAAAAAUACGAUAUGGUAAUCAGAGAUUAUAAGAAAGGAAAGGUCGUAUUAGAUUCAACUAUGGGAACAGAAGGAACUGAUACUAAUGGAGCAGCCUCAGAAAGAGAAUAUGAUGAGACUGCCCUUUCUGCUCAAUAUAGGAAGGUCUUUGAUAAAGUUUGGUUAGAAGUUGAUAAGAUCAUGGAAGAGAUGAAAGUUCAGUUAUUCAAGCAAUUAACCGAACCUUGGAGAUCAAUGGAAGAACAAGAAAAAACUAUCAAUAUACUUCUGGAGCUUGAAACAGUGGAGGACCCGGUAUGGCAUUAUCUUGACAGUCAAUAUAAAUUUAUUAUUGAUCUUCUCAAGGAAUCGUAUCAAGAACAGUUAGAUAAGAUCCAAGCUUUAAAGAAAUCAUUUCCAGAAAAUUAUAGCAAUAAUAAGGAAAUGGCGAUUCGUCUCAAGAAAUCUAUUAGAUGUGUCAACUUAAGGGAUUUCGAUUCCUUAAUAGCUGGCAAAGAAAUGGAUGUACAAAUGUGGAAGGCAAUAUUAGAGAUUGUGAAAUCAUUAUCGGAUUUGCUCUUGAGAUGCCUACCAGAUUUUUGGAAAUUAAGCAAAUCUUUUAUGGACGGAAAGUUUCAAAAGAGUCCCACAGUAUUAAGUGCUAAUAAGCGUAGACGCCAAGGAAUGGAUUUACGGAAGGUAGAUCAAUGCGAAAAAAUGGCAAGUGGAGUAAUCGAGCUUUACGCAUCAUUUUUAUCGGAGUUAUUUAGUCUGUCGCCAAUAUCUGAUGAACCUAGCACGCCAGUUACUCCAAUUUCUCCAAUUACUUCCUAUAAAAAGCCAUCAUUCGUUCCAUCGCAUUCAGAUUCUGUGACUACUUGUUACUUUUUAACAAAGGUUCUUAAGGAAAUGAAUGAAUGCGUAAAUGAUAUUAAUUCUAUAAAUAUGGCAUCUGAUGCCUCUGGUACAUUAUCUACGUUAAUGGAUCAAACCAGGUGGUGUUUCAUAGAAGUUAUUUGUGAAACGUGGAAUGCGGAUGCAAAAAAUUUCUUUUAUCUUGAAGACUGGUCUCUUGACCAAGAUAACCGUGAAAUUACCAAUUUCUUGCGGAACUUUCAUAUAUUCCACAAGUAUAAUUCUCGCAGUGCUUACAAAAUCGCAAGCCUAAAUUAUGUAUCUGAUAAAGAGGAUAACAAGUCGAAAAUACCCGAGAAUUACUUCUAUAAGAUCAAAGAAGCUUUCCUUAAUUCUAUCUAUGCUUACUUGGAAGGUUUAGUUCAUCUUGUAUUUACAGAUUAUACUCCACUUGAAACUGUCAUCGAAAAAGAACCCACAGACAUUAUUCACAAAACAAGGAUUGAUCCAUCUCAAAUGGAUUCAAGGAUUUUGCUCACUAUUAGUAAUUUUUCCAAUCUUAAACAAUUAAUGAUACCAAGAAUUGUAUCCCAAUUUGAAACCGCUUAUAAAUGCAAUAUGGUGGAAGAUAUUGAAGAUUAUAUAAAACGCAAAUCUGCAAAUGUUCGUGAUAUUAUUACAAAUGGUAUUCUUUCAGGUGAAAUUGAUUGGUCAAACAUAUCUAAACCUACAGAGGUGCAUUCUUUUGUGUAUGAAGCAUUGUUAUCACUCGUACUUGUUCAUGCACAAAUUAGUGAUAUCGCCAAACCAUUAAUUAAUCGUGCACUAACAGUAUUAUUGGAAUCUAUGGCACAUGAUUGUCUUGAAGCUUUUUCAAAAGUAGAGAAAUUUAGUUUAGGUGGAAUGUGCCAGGCAACGCUUGAAAUUGAAUUUAUGAAUCAAACAUUGGCACAAUAUGUUUCCCCGCAAGCACAAGAAACAUUACAACUUAUUUAUACAACAAUUGAACAAUUAUAUGAUACUUCAUCAGGGAAUGGUAGAUUAGAUUCUGAAUUAAGUAGUGUAAAACAAUUUUUGAUUGAAAGUAGAAAAAAUACUAGUUUACAAUUUAUGUGCUUUAAAAAACCAAAAUAA